AUGCAUAUCUCGCAAUUUACAGUACGUGGAUUUGAAUAUGUGCAAUGCCUGCAACUCCAUCCUCCUCUCGCAUCCGAUGAAGCACUGCCUUCUGCUAUUGCAUCAUCGACAGCAACGCUGG